CAGUAUUCCUAAUUCCAAUGUAACCCGCUACCACACUCACAUUGUUCCGUUAAAAAAAAAAAAAAAAAAAAAAAACAAACAAACAAACUACAUCGAUACCACCAAUAACCAUAUGAGUUAACCGUUAAAACAACGCCCCAAAACCCAACGCCGUAAACCGAAACCCAACUAGAGCUGCCACAACUCUAGCUUUCUCUCUAUUCGAAUCAAACCUUCUCGGUAGAACCAACUCCAAGUGGCUAUGGACUCCCCCUCCUCUUCUUGUCCAACACCGAUUUUGGCUGGAGAUGAUAUAUCUCCCGAGCAAUCACGGCCUUUGGAAACCCUAGAUGCAGAUAAAAGUGAUGCUGUUUCUACUCAGGAGACUCAGAACAAUUCCGAGCCUUCCACUUCCUCCUACGCUUCCAAUGUUGCCGAACCUGAACUCAGUCUUCAGAGUUCAGAGGCUUUGGCCAAAGGAAUUUCUUCUUUGCUUGGCUCAUUGAUUAAGGAUUUUGAUUGUAAAGCUGAAAAUGCGUCUAAAAGCCAGGACCAGCUUUGCUCUUCGAUUGAUCGACUUACCAGAGAGCUUGAUCAACUAUUAGAAGAUGCACCCUUGCCAUGCAUCAUGCAGCAUGCAGCCAGGAUUUCGGGUGUUCGUAAGAGAGUAUCAUCAUUGAACUCACUUUUAAAAUCGAUACAACGACGUAUUGAUAAUAUAGAUCAGAUGCUAUCUGCAUCUCUCUCACAUGGAAAAGCAACUGCAGAAAAUGUUACGAAACAUGAAUAAUGACUUGGUAUUGCGGGGUUCUACUAGCAGGUCCUAUUCUCUAAAUCCUAAUUCUGGGAUUUUGGGUUAUUGGUCUGCAUUACAAUGCUUUUGGAUCAGAUGCUACAUUGGUGUUUGAAUUCCUGCACGGCUGCAUCCUUAUCGGACCCUAAUAUUCAUGGCUUUCUUUGAAUGCGUUGCAAUACAUUAGUCCAGGAUCUGUUUACCAUAUGUUGUUCUCCUCUCCAGCACUCUUAAUUUUCCCCUUCAUGAGUUCUCCAUUUAACAUGUUAUGAGUAAAUGGAAAUUUUCAUUAGCAUAAGGUGUGCCAUGACCUAUAUCUGAGAAAAAAGAAACGUAAAUAUGUAAAUGGAGUGAAGGGGAAAAAGAAAAGGGCAGAAGGUGAACAAUUACAGUUUAGAGUUCACUCUUUGUUGGCAUAAAUUACAAUCAGCUUGAGAUGCAUCUACCCAUAUACCCUUUUCACUGAGAAAUAAGAAUGAGAAAAACGUUUACUUGAUUCAGAUAUAUGCAAAAAAUAAAUUCUUUAUUCAGAGAAUUUAAUAUUGGAUUGAUUAGCAAUUGACGGCGUCUGAUUUUAGGAAAUUAAUUAAAUUGUCAGAUAUAGAGACCAUGUUGGAUAUGGCAUUUCACAUUUGUGGCAUACAUUGUGCGGCAACUGAUUGUGACAUAUGAUGGAGAGAUUCUUGCUGAAGGAGAUGUCAAUCUGAUUCUAUGUGCAAGAGCAAAGAAGUGGUAGUCACUUCCAAAUUGAGGACUUGGAUCAAUAAUUUGUACAUAGGAACUAACCUGACUGCCUUUCUGGAGAGACUGAUCCUCUUUCUUGCGAUGAUUCCAGUGUGGUGAUGUGGUUAGUCUAGCCAGUGUUGAUGAAAUCUUAAUCUUGUCCUUCCAGGUAAAAGUUUUGGUCUAACAGUUGAACAGGCAGGUCUACAUUCCUAGUUUUGGAUAAUAUAGUCUUACCUUUUUAUUAUUUGUGGUGAGGUUUGGUUGAUAUUGUUUAUUUCCAAGAUCUCCUGUAAUUGAUUUAUGCUAUUUGUUUGAAAUAUUGUUUGAAGACAAUAAAACCAAAAGCAGGUUGUAACUAUUCAUCUAGUUCAAUACAUUAUGUUGAUUUUAUCUACUGAUUCAA